AUGAAGCCAAAUCAAUCUGAUGUUGAUCUUCCAUCACUUGGCUUUGAAAAGCACUUGGAUUCGGAUAAAGACGCUGUACCAAAGCCAGAGGCGGAGGAACAGGAUCCCUUCGGAGAUGAAAAUCAAACUGGCGUGAAGUACAAGACCAUGGCGUGGUGGCAAGCCGGUAUGAUCAUGAUUGCAGAGACUAUCUCACUUGGUAUUCUCGCACUGCCCAAAGCGCUUGCGGUACUAGGUCUUGUUCCCGGCAUCUUAACCAUCCUUGGGGUUGGUAUAAUCUCGACUUAUACUGCAUAUACUAUUGGGCAAUUCAAGUGCCGCCAUGUGCAAGUGCACAGCAUGGCUGAUGCCGGUGAUCUUUUGAUGGGAAGGCUCGGACGGAGUGUUCUGGACGUGGCCCAGCUCCUCUUUUUUGUGUUGGUGAUGGGAAGCCAUGUUCUCACUUUUUCAAUCAUGAUGAACGUCCUCACCGACCAUUCGUCUUGCACCAUCAUCUUCUCGAUUGUCGGUUUACUCGCCUCCUUCAUGUUGACCCUUCCACGGCGACUCGAGAAGCUUUCUCACAUCUCCUACGUGAGCUUUUUCAGUAUCGUCGGAGCAGUUAUCACUGGUAUGAUUGGGGUCACCCUUGUCAGAGACGGACCAGUGCACGUCCCAGCCUUUUCGCCAUCGCCCAAAGUACAUGAUGCGUGCCUUGCUAUUGCAAACAUCAUCUUUGCGUACGCUGGACAUGUUGCAUUCUUUACCCUUUUCUCUGAGCUUAAGGAGCUUAAGGACUUCCCAAAGGCCCUGGCGCUUCUGCAGAUGAGUGAAAUGGUUUUGUAUACGGUGGCUGCUAUUGUGAUAUAUGCCUAUAUUGGACCGACGGUCAACUCCCCUGCUCUCAAUUCUGCGGGGCAGUUGUUCCGCAAGGUUUCCUAUGCAAUCGCAAUACCCACGGUAGCGUACCUUUUCUCUCCGCGGAAUUCUUCCAAUAUGAGCUAA